AUGGCGGAACCAAAGAAAAUAUUUAUAAUAUCGGAUGAUUCAGGUUUGACGGAAGCCUUCGACGAGCGUAAGCUCCUGGAGUCGUUAAGAAAGCUGCAGUUCGGUCUAAAGAUAAACGAUGCAGACAUAGAUAAAGCGGUUAAGAGGAUUGCUGCGGGAAUAGGGGGCGAUAUAAGAGAUAGCGAGCUGGUGGCAUACAUUGGAGAAACCCUUGCAUCCAUGAUCACCAGACACCCUGAUUUCUCGCUGCUUGCUGCCAGAGUGGAGAUCAAGGUUCUACACAAACGCUUGUUGGGAUUGGGCUUUACUGGGAAUCUGGCAGUGCUGUGUGAGUCUGGAGAUAGCCCCGAGGGCCAUGCCACGAAGCGUAAGAGGGCGAUGAGUCCAUGCACACGGGGUCCGGUCCGGAGAGAGCUCUAUGACCUUGCUGUCCAGCAUAGAAACAUCAUAGAUCAAGCUAUUGAUGAUACGCUAGACUUCACGUUUACCUAUUUUGGAUGGAAGACUCUGUGCAAGUCUUAUCUGCUGAAACACCAGGGCAGAGUACACGAAACGCCGCAGUACAUGUUCAUGCGGGUGGCGUUGGCGCUACAUGGGCCCUCGGGCGAUAUUGACCGUGUGCUGGAGACAUAUCGUUUGAUGGCUAACAAGUACUUCAUCCAUGCGUCGCCCACGUUAUUUAACGCAGGAACGACGAGUCAGUUCUUGUCAUCCUGCUUCCUUCUCGGGAUCCAUGAAGAUUCAAUUGAUGGCAUUUACAACGCUCUGCAUAAGGCAGCACUGAUAUCUAAGGCCUCAGGUGGUAUCGGAAUUCACGUGUCCGAUAUUAGAGCCAAUGGUUCAUAUAUUUCCGGGACUAAUGGGACUUCCAAUGGUCUUGUGCCGAUGUUAAGCGUCUUCAACAGCACAGCACGGUACGUAGACCAGGGCGGAAAUAAGCGCCCUGGAGCAUUCUGCAUAUAUCUGGAACCGUGGCACGCCGACGUCUUUGAUUUUUUGAGGCUACGACGCAAUCAUGGUAAGGAGGAGAUGCGUGCUCGCGAUCUCUUCUAUGGCUUGUGGAUUCCAGAUCUUUUUAUGAAAAGAGUCGAAAACAAUGGUGAGUGGUCUUUGUUUUCGCCAAAUGAAGCAGUAGGCCUUUCGGACUGCUAUGGUGAGGCGUUUGAGCAGCUCUACGUACGUUACGAGAGGGAACUUGAGCCUUACAGACGUGUAAAAGCUCAGGAGCUCUGGCGCGAAAUACUACUCUCGCAAACGGAAACAGGUGGGCCUUUCAUGCUCUACAAGGAUGCUUGUAAUAGCAAGUCAAACCAGAAGAACCUUGGUACCAUUAAGUCGUCUAACCUAUGCUGUGAAAUUGUUGAAUACAGCUCCCGUGACGAGGUUGCUGUGUGCAAUCUUGCUUCAGUUGCCCUGCCAACAUUUGUGUCUGUUACGUCAGAUGCAAUUACUUUUGAUUAUGCGCGGCUGCAUUCUGUUGUUAAGGUAAUGACAAGAAAUCUAGAUAAGGCAAUCGACAUCGGUGACUACCCUGUUCCUGAAGCCGAGCGUAGCAAUAAAAAACACAGACCAUUGGCGUUAGGUGUCCAGGGGCUUGCAGAUGUGUUCAUGUUGAUGCGGUUUCCAUUCAAUGGCGAGGAAGCCGCACAGAUGAACCGUGAGAUAUUCGAAACUAUCUACCAUGCAGCUGUAGAAACAUCGAUUGAGCUUGCUGCCGAGUACGGAGUAUAUGCUAGCUUUGUUGGUUCUCCCGCAAGUAAGGGGGAGCUGCAAUUUGACCUUUGGGGUCGCAAUAAGGACAAUUAUCAGUUUCUGUAUGACGACUGGGAUGAGCUCAAGGAAAAGAUCAAGUCUGGUCCCGGUCUCAGAAACUCCCUUUUGGUCGGGCCCAUGCCCACUGCUUCCACCUCACAGAUCCUGGGCUUCACGGAGUCCUUCGAGCCAAUGACUUCGAUGAUAUAUACCAGAAGGGUACUAAGUGGCGAAUACACGCUGGUCAACAAGUACAUGGUGCAAGACUUUUGUGACCUAGGGAUUUGGUCUGAAGAGCUGAAGAACCGGAUAAUCAAAGACGGAGGCUCCAUUCAAGGGAUUGAUGGUAUACCUCCGGAUCUGAAGGAUCUUUACAAGACCGUGUGGGAGCUGCCCCAACGGAAGCUUAUCGAUCUGUCGGCAGACAGAGCCCCCUUUGUGGACCAAUCGCAGUCGCUGAAUUUGUUUCUGAAAGAGCCCACGAUGGGCAAGUUGACUAGCAUGCACUUCUACGCGUGGAAGAAGGGCCUCAAGACAGGCAUGUACUACCUGCGUACCCAGGCGGCCGCCAAUGCCAUCCAAUUCACCCUUACAGACGAGAAUACUCUAUCAGGCCCCGUGAAGCUCCGCGAAGGUGCUGCUGUGGCCCAAUCCCCAAGACAUGCUCGCUAUCCAUCGGAAGAAGCUGGUUCCCGCGUAAGUCCGGCCCGCAUCGAGACCGCAGUAAGCAGCAUGGAUCCCUCCGACGACAGCGAUGCGAACAAUGCCUUUGGUAUAUACGACUCUACGCCUAUCGCGUGUUCAACGGAGAAUCGUGAAUCCUGCGAUAGCUGCUCUGGUUGA